AUGGAUGAGUUCAGUGACCUAAACAGAUCAGCGGACGAUAAUGAGGAGUAUUCCACGGAGAGCGACUUGAAUGAGAAGGAAAAUGACGUGAAGGACGCGACGAGUGAAAUGGACAGGGAGGCGAUGAGUGACGUGGAGAAGGAGGCAGUGAGUGAAGUAGAGGGGGAGACGAUAAGUGAUGUGGAGAAGGAAGCGAUAAGUGACGUGGAAAAUACCUUAAAUGACGAGCAGAAGGAAACCGCAAGUGAUGCAGAAAGGGAAUUGCUUCACGAGGUCGAAGAAGAGGACGUACACGACAAAGAGGAGGAAGAUUUACAGGACGAUGAUGAGGAUGUAUUACAGGACGAUGAUGAGGAUGUAUUACAGGACGCUGAAGAAGACGUCUUACAGGACGAUGAAGGGGACGACUUAGACGACGUCAAAAGCAUCAACGAAGAGGAUGUCGAACAGGUUGCGCCAAACACGGGUAUGAUGAACGACCCUGUAGUAAGUGGCGGCGUCUACCAAAGUGACGAUCACCACCAUGGUGACGACCCCGACGGAGCGAACCACCUCUUUCAAGACCCGCAAGAAAUCGGUUCCAGCGAAGACACACACAAAAAGGAGGAUGAUUACUCUCACACCCUGAAUGAACCUCCCACCCACAAAGAACAAUUCAGUGAAACCAUGAACGAAACAAAUAAUCCCCCCAGUAAUGGUGAGGGCAAAAAUGACCAGAUCAACAAAGAUACCUUUCCCUCCUUGGAUCCCAUCGAAUUUGACAAAAAAAGAUAUGAACACUUUUUAAUAUACCCAUCGUAUCAGAAAAACAUGAGUUUAUCUGAAGGCAUUAAUAAAAAGCUUACCUUCCCUUCUUUGUCUCCUACAGAUUUUCCUAUUCCUGGAAAGGAGGAAGAAAGCAUCACCAUGUAUCAUUUCAACCCUGAAAAAUUUGGGUACAAAUACAAUAACGGCUUGAAUCCUUCUGAGGGCUACUUGCUGAUUUACCCCCACGUAUCCCACCACUCCGUGCCCCCCAAAAUUAAGAAAAAAAAACUGCGCUGUUGUUAG